AUUCAUUGUCUGCGAGGUAAUGGUGCCUUGCCUGGAAUUGAGAGUGAAUAAAUAAAUAAACUAAAAGCCGGUGAUUUCGGAGAAGCAACCUCCACUGCCGAGUUGCUUCGGCUGCCAUUUUUCUAAUAUAAUUCAGGCACAGCAGCUAAUGGAAACAUACGAUUCUACAGCGAUUGGAAUUGAUUUGGGGACAACGUAUUCUUGCGUUGGGGUUUGGCAAAAUGGAAACGUUGAGAUUAUACCAAAUGAUCAAGGCAACAGAAUGACGCCUUCUUGUGUUGCCUUCACUGACACGGAGCGUUUUAUUGGUGAAGCUGCAAAGAACCAGGUUGUUUCCAACCCUGUCAACACCAUCUUCGAUGCAAAAAGGUUAAUUGGUAUGAGAUUUAGUGAUGUUGCUGUUCAGAGUGAUAUCAAGCACUGGCCGUUCAAGGUUGUUGCGGGUCCUCGUGACAAGCCCAUGAUUGUGGUUAAUUACAAGAGUGAAGAGAGGCAGUUUGCUGCUGAAGAGAUUUCGGCAAUGGUACUCCGAAAGAUGCGUGAGAUUGCUGAAUCUUUCAUCGGCAAAAGUGUGAAGAAUGCAGUGAUUACUGUUCCUGCCUACUUUAUUGACUCUCAACGGCAGGCCACAAAAGAUGCUGGUUUGAUUGCUGGUUUUAAUGUCAUGCGUAUUAUUAACGAGCCCACUGCUGCUGCCAUGGCUUACGGUCUUGACAUGGAUAUAAACUAUGGUGAGAAGAAUGUGCUGGUCUUUGAUUUAGGCGGCGGUACUUGUGAUGUCUCGUUGCUAGUCAUUGAAGAGCGUAUAAUUGAAGUGCGGGCCACAGCUGGAGCCUCUCACCUUGGAGGCGAGGACUUUGACAACAGAUUGGUGAAUUACUUUGUUCAGGAAUUCAAAAGGAGGAAAAAGAAGGACAUUAGUGGAGAUCCUUCAGCUCUUAGGCGGUUGCGAACUGCUUGUGAGAGGGCCAAGAGGAAUCUCUCAUGUUAUGUUCAAACUAACAUUGAGCUCGAUUCAUUGUGUGAAGGUAUUGACUUUUGUUCCACCAUUACUCGUGCAAGAUUCGAGGAGCUGAACACGGAUCUCUUUAGAAAGUGUUUGCAGCUGGUAAACAAGUGUUUGAGGGAUGGUAAGAUGGAUAAAAACAGCAUCGAUGAUGUUGUUCUUGUUGGUGGUUCUAGCCGGAUCCCCAAGGUGCAGCUGCUAUUGCAAUACUUUUUCAAUGGCAAAGAGCUGUGCAAGAGCAUCAAUCCUGAUGAGGCAGUUGCCUAUGGUGCUGCUGUUCAGGCUACUAUCUUGAGUGGCGGAGGCAAUGAGGAGGUGCAAAGCAUGCUGCUUCUGGAUGUUUCCCCCCUGUCCCUUGGGUUGGAAAUUGCUGGCGGUGUUAUGGAUGUUUUGGUAGAAAGGAACACUACGGUUCCCACAAAAAAGGAGGGUCUUUUCUCCACCUACGCAGACAAUCAAACUGCUGUCUUGAUCAAGAUUUAUGAGGGAGAGAGAACAAGGACUAGGGACAACAACUUACUGGGAACAUUUGAGCUCUCUGGUAUUGCUCCAGCACCCAAAGGUGUUCCUCAGAUCAAAAUAAUCUUUGACAUUGAUGCAAAUGGUAUCUUGGUUGUAUCAGCUGAGGAUGGGACCAGUGGUCAGAAGAACAGGAUCACAAUCACCAAUGACAGGGGCAGGUGGUCCGGAAAAGAAAUUCAGAAGAUGGUCCACGAGGCCGAAAGGUACAAGUCUGAAGAUGAAAAGCGCAAGAAGUGGGCCGAGGCAAAGAAUGAAAUGGAGAUUUUUGUCCGCAACAUGAGAAUAGCAAUUGGGGAUGAGAAAAGAAGUUCAAAGCUGGCCACAGGUGACAAGAACAAGAUUGAAGGUGCCAUUGACCAGGCCAUGAAGUGGCUGGAUGGCAACCAACUUGCAAGGAAAGAUGAUUUCGAUGGCAAGUUGGGGGAGCUUGAGAGCAUCUGCAAUCCAAUCAUUGCGAAGGUUUAUAGGAGCGAUGGUGCUUGUAUGGGGACGUUAAUGGAAGAUGAAGUUUCUCCAUCUGAUGGUUAUGGCACAUACGGAGAUGAAGAACCAUCGGAUGUCUGUUUUGAUCUUUGAAUAUGCUGAAGAUGCACGUUUCUGCUUUUGCUGUGAUGUUUCUCUCUAUCUUGCUUUUAUUUUGUAUUUGAAAAAUCUUUAAAUUAAUAUAUUUUUUAAUUAUUUUUUUAUCA